AUGGUCAAAGGUGGUUUGAAAGUAGUCAAAACGCACGUCUUGAAGCGGUUUCUAAGUGAUGGAAAAGUUGAAGAUCGUGAGAACAUGGGAAAAGCUGUAAAAGAAAGCUGUCAUACGCACGAAGAACGUGGUAGCAGUGCGUUAACUGCUCUCGGAAGGCUUGAAGGAUGCCCUAUAAAUAGAGCAAAGGAGGAAGGAACAAGGGAGCAGAAAUUGGCAGAGAACAGAAUCAGUAGUGAAAAGUCUACCGGAGAAACGACGAACACCAUGAAGCUUCUGGCAAUCUGGAUUUCCCUGCUCACGGAGUACAUUUAUCGCUUUCUUUAUUUUCCUUGGUAA